UCUGUUUUUAAAUAAAUGAAACCCAAGAAGAGCUCCACCCCUGAUCGUUGGUUCAACAGCAAUAACCCGCUGUCGGCUGCCUUUGCCACAGUGAGACUUGGACAGGAUCACAGCAAGAUGCAGGCCCCGGGGGGCCCCAGCCCUGGGCAGACUUGCGUGCUGAUUCUGAUUUUCACCGUGCUCCUGCAGUCCCUCUGUGUGGCCGUGACUUACAUGUACUUCACCAGGGAGCUGAAGCAGAUGCAGGACAAGUACUCCCGAAGUGGCAUUGCCUGCUUCUUAAAGGAAGACGACAUCCCAUGGGACCCCCAUGAUGAGGACAGUAUGAACAGCCCCUGUGGACAAGUGAAGUGGCAACUCCAUCAAGUUGUUAGAAAGAUGAUUUUGAAAACCUAUGAGGAAACCAUUCCUACAGUUCCAGAAAAACAGCUAAAUAUUCCUAGCCUAGUAAGUGAAAGGAGUCUUCAGAGAGCAGCAGCUCACAUAACUGGAAGUAGCCGGAGAAGAAGCUCGUUUCCAGUUCCAAGCUCCAAGAAUGAAAAAGCUUUGGGCCAGAAACUAAACUCCUGGGAGUCAUCGAGAAAAGGACAUUCAUUCUUAAAUAAUUUGCUCUUGAGGAAUGGAGAGCUGGUUAUCCAUCGAAGGGGGUUUUAUUACAUCUAUUCCCAAACAUACUUUCGGUUUCAGGAACCUGAGGAAAUUUCAGGAACAAGUUCAACAGAACAGAACAAAAAGAAAAACAAACAAAUGGUACAAUAUAUUUACAAAUACACAAGUUAUCCUGACCCUAUACUGCUGAUGAAAAGUGCUAGAAAUAGUUGUUGGUCUAAAGAUUCUGAAUAUGGACUCUAUUCCAUCUAUCAAGGUGGGAUAUUUGAGCUUAAGGAAAAUGAUACAAUUUUUGUCUCUGUAAAUAAUAAGCAAUUGAUUGACAUGGACCGAGAAGCCAGUUUUUUCGGGGCCUUUUUAGUUGGCUAAUUAAUCUGCAAAGAAAAAACAAUAUUCUCAAAGUGACCCUUCACAAAAAGUAAGGAAAUCUGAGCAAAGCCGCUUCAACCAGAAGACCCAAAAAGCAACACACGCUUCUCUAAUAUCUCUGAAAAUGACCAAGUCAUUUUAAGAAAGCGAAAUUCCCAAAGACCUUUCAGGGGUCUACAAGAUAUCAGUUUGCUCGCAGAAAUCUAGAAGAUUCUGUUUCCAAACACUUGUGUAGCAAUCAACAGCUGUCUUUAUUAUCUACUCUUGUGAGGAUUCCAGAAGAAAUAUUAAUGAUCCAUCUCUUUUUUUGGAGGCUCCACACUGGCUGUGUGGAGGCCAACACGGGGCUUGAACUCACAACCCUGAUGUCAACGCCUGAGCUGAGAUCAAGAGUCAGACAUUUAACCAACUGAGUCACCCAGGCCCCCAGUGAUCCAUCUCGUAAGUAGUACAUCACCUUGGUCAUUUCCAGGUUACCAUAACGGACAACAAGGAGAACCACUAAAAGGUCAUGAUAUUGGGAGGUAGCCUCUGUCAAUAUAUGGGAUGUGCAAAGGGUGUUUGCGUCAUGCAUGACCUUACAGGAGUUAUCUCAUACACCUGGAUUUGAUGGAGAUAAGAACAUUCUACUCAAAAUAAUAUCAUUUUGUU